AACAAACCGGCAACGGGCUUAGAACGAAACGGAUCGUCCGACGCCCAACAACUUCCAUCGCGCUCUCCAAAAAAACAAAAAAAAACGCGUUAGAAAACAAGAACAUCACGAUAGCUACACGUAGAAAAAUCACAUAGAAUUCCUAAUUGUUUGUGUGACUUGCACUAAGAGAGGAAGAGUUGCGGCGAAGAACCGGCGGAACAACAACCUGAACAGCGACACCGCAAAAAAACACGGUGAAGAGACAAUAAAAGUCGGCCAGCGGCCAAAAACGCGCUCAUUGCGUGCGCUGUUUUCGCAACGGCAACGGAAAAUUAGCUACCCAGUUGAGGUGCGGGAGGGAUAGCGAGCGUACGGUCGUCAUAUACAAAAUAUACGGAUACGGAUUUUCAGAGUACGAGAAGGUACGGGUGUACGUUAAACAGGAGGCAGAAGUACGGAUACGAAGCCAGGAUGCGACACGCAUUUGUUGGAUUAAUUGUGUGCUGGCUGGCAGUUUGUCAACCGCAAGCUGAGGCGCAGUUCGGAGGAUUUGGAUUCCAGCCGCAGUUUGCCUACCAGCAGCCGCAGUUCCAACAGGUAUACCGUCCACAACAACCACAGGUGUACCGCCAACCGCAGGCUUAUCAACAACAACCUCUGGUCUAUUACCAACAGCCCCAGCCGCAGGUGUACCAACAACAGCCGCAGGUUUACCAACAACAGCCGCAGUUUUACCAACAACAACCACAGCAGCUACGCCAAAGGCAGGGAUCCGUAUCCAAGGCAAACACGAAUGCGUACGAGCGGCAGGUGGACUUUGGCAAUAAUCUGGAAUACACCCAGGGUCUGUCUAACUCCAAGGCGGUGACCAAACAGAACGGCCAACGAGUGGUGACCAAGAGUCAGGCCCAGACUCGAGAUGUGGAUUUGGGAGGUCUCCAGUUGGGCAAUACUCUGACUAGGACCAAGACAAAUGCCAACGGACAGGUUUCUCAGGGUAUUGCCGAUCAGUUCAGGAUCGGAAACGUGGGUCUUGGAGCUUCGCUCUCACCUCAGAAUCUUCAGAAUGGCUUUGGGCUGCAUCGUGCUGCCGAUGGUGAUCUGAGCUUGGGUUUGGGUUUCCUUAAUCUUGACUUGGACCGCAAUGUGGCCAACACAAAUACCCUAGCGCAGGCCCAGGUCAAUGCCCAAGGUAAGGGCGCCAAGGCGGGUUCAAGCAGUAACACUCAGUCAAAUACCCAGAAAUAUGGCGGCGUCACCGUGACUGAUACUCGCUCCAAUUCGAAUGCCUUUGGCAAGACGCAAAGGGGUCAGACCUCGGCCACUACCAGUGGUUUCGGCGGCAAUGCGGCCACUAAUGGCCAGAGCUUUGGUGGUCCCUUCCAGCGGGUGGUUCGCCAGAACAGGCGACCCAAGCGGAAGGCCCAGUUCGUGCCAUUCGGUUAUCCAGGUGGUGGCGGUUUCCGCCCCGGACCCUUCGGCUUUAGUCCACUGGAUAGACCAAGAAGACAGUUCGAAGGAGGAUUCGGCGGACCUGGAUUCGGCGGACCAGGAUUCGGCGGACCAGGAUUCGGUGAACCAGGCUAUGGUGGAGGCCAAGAAUUUGGAGGAGGACCUGGUUUCGGUGGACCUGGCUUUGAGGGAUCUGGACCCGCUUUCUAUGAACAGCCUCAGCAACAGCACCAGCAGAAUCACAAGAAAAAGGGUAACAAGAACCAGGCACAUGGAAAUGCACAUGCCCAAGGUGGACCUGGCUUCAAUCAGCAGGCAUCGACGAACAAUCAUGCCAGCAAUGGCAACACUGGAAGUAGCUCCAUCAGUUCAAAUCUGGCCCAGGACGGUAGCAGUGGCCAAGUUAGUUCGGCCAACACAAAUACCCACCAGGGACAGACUGCCAAUGGAGGCUAUGAGAGCGAUCAGAACUCUCAGAGCCAGUCGUUGAACUUCAGACCUGGUCAGCAGCAGGCUUCCAGUGCAAAUGCCAAUACCCAGCACACACAGCAGGGAGAUCGCGAUACUUACUCCUCGAACAGUGGAUCAACUUCCACGAACAACAACCAGUACGGUUCCUUGACGAAUACGGCCAAUACGAAUUCGCAAGUGGUCCGGGAUGGCAAUACUCAGGAUGCCACCAGCGAUGCCAACAGCCAGAGCAUCUUUCAGGGCAACAAUGGCCAAGGUGAUGCUUCCGCCCAGACGAAUGCCCAGACAAGCAGCCAACAGGGUCCCGGAGGAAUUGUGACAAACUCGGCUUCGAGCAGUGCCACUGCCACUGCCCAGAAUGGUCAAUCAGCCAAUGCCAAUGCCAAUGCAAAUGCCGGCGGUGGUCCGGGUGGUGCUGGAGCUGGUGCCAAUGCCGGUGGUUUCGGCAAUGGCGGUGGUGCAAAUUCUGAUGCCAAUAGCGGUGGUUUCAAUGGCGGCGGUGGUGCUGGAGCAAAUGCCGGUGCCAACGGCGGUGGAUUCGGUGGAUUCGGCGGCGGUGGUGCCAAUGCAAAUAGCAAUGCCUUUGGCGGUAACUACGGCGGCUUUGGAUUCUUUGGACUUCGUCAUCGUGCCCAGAAAAAUAUUCGAUUGCAAAGAUGGCAGCAAAGAACUCAAAACGAAACUUCAUCUAGAAGGUCAUCUAUCAAGGAUAACUUUGAGUAUAUUUACUUAAACCACUCAUCGUCACGUCUAGAAGAUCUGGAGCCUGAGAGUUCUGGACAGGAUUUGGAUGGGGAAAGGACACCUCUUAAUACGUCAGUGGAUACUUUUGGACCUUAUGAUAGUACCCAGCGUCAGGGAAGAACCUUCGGUGUGAUCUAUGACUGGAUUAGUGGACUCUUCAAUUCCUGUGUUUCACCCUGCACCUUGGAGGCUUUUCAGAAGCAAACGUGCUGUGAAACUUAUGUAGUGGAUCCCUCUUAUCCACCGCCACCGCCACCUCCUCCCCCUCCACCACCACCACAAACUUGUUGUGCUCCUGUAAGACCCCCUUAUCCCAUACAACCAGCACCGCUACCAAGGCCACUUCCUCCUCCACCACCACCACCACCAAUUCCCUAUCCCUAUUCACCCAUCUAUCCUAAUAAGAAAACGCCCGUUGUAGUAGUUGCCACGCCCAUCAAUUGCUGUACGGUGUGCACAUUUACGUACUACGGACCUCCGCCCUGUGGGCGGUUUUACAACAACAACACCAACAGUGAUGGCAAGAAAGUCACUAUCUAUGUGCCACCGCCGUACUAUGGUCGUUGAUCGGAAAUAAACUUC